AUGAGUAAAGAUGACGACCCAGAAGCCCAGAAGGCGAUGCAAUUAGCUCAGAAGGCAUUAGAGUACGAAGAAGCGAUUUAUUUCUACGCUGAAGCUAGUCAUCGAAUAUUGAGCCUAAUCGCUAGGAAAAAGAUUUUACCUAUUUUGAAGCGAAAUGCGACCGAAUACCUGGAACGGGCCGAGUAUUUGAAGCGGGAAUUGCCGAGACUACAAGCAGACAUUAUUGCAAAGCGGUCUCCACAGCAGUUGCAGUUUGAAUCUGCAGAGUUUACAGCUCUAAAGGCAAUCGACAUGGAGGAGCGUGGCGAGAUUGACCAAGCGGCGGAUUGCUAUGAAAAAUCGGUGGAGCUGUGUCUAAAUUUGAUGAAAUUGCCGAACAUAGACCCACAACUGAGGCAGAAGCUGAGAGGUCUAGCCGCACAAGCCCUGGAACGAGCCGAAUAUCUCAAGCUAAAGAUUGAAACGCGCAACAAGGCUGAAGAAACGGAAGCGAUGCAGUUGAGCGCGCUUUUGCCAUCUGUGCCUACAGGAGAUCUGUCGCUUUCCGAUUUGCACCUCGAUGAUCGGGCACCGGCUGCUCGCGGUAAUGCUGCGACGGGAAGUCCGCAAAUUCAUCCAAGGAAUCAACAUGAGGGCUUGACAAAGGAAGAACUCGCUGUCCUUGCCGCAACUUCGCGUAUUAAUGGCAGAAGAUACGUGCCAUUCCUGGAGCAAGAUCUGAAGGAACAAUUCAACUUUUCGUUGCCGUUCUCCGACAAGCACGGGAAAUUAGCGUUGACUGAAAAACAAGUAAAACGGCUGAAAGACUGGGCUCGACCCUCCGACUUCUUCUCGGAACCAACUCUCAUCAAGAAGAUUGACAACCGUCAUUUCCGAUUGUUCUUUCGUGGCUUCACUUGCCAUUGCUGCGCGGUA